AUGUGGCUACGGGCAGCGAUCUUGCUGUUCGCCUCGUGCGUUCCUUCAACGGUGGCCAUCUAUUCUGACGAGGUCGACCACAUCGAUUUCCACCAUGCGCUGCUCGGCACUCCCUCGUCCCACUCGACCUUCUUCCUGAAGCCCUCCGCAUCCUCCAAUGCCUCACUCCUCUAUACUCUUUCGCAGAAACAUCUUCUCGGUGCGGUAAAUCCAAGAGACGGCUCGCUGGUAUGGCGACAGAACGUCUCGCGGUCGUCGGUGUCGAAUGAAGACGGCCAGCUGCAAUCUUUCCUUCGUGCUUCGGACGGAACCAAUGCAAUGGUCAGCGCGGUAGGCGACUAUAUUGCCGCGUGGAGUGCGUCGGAUGGCAAGUUGAUUUGGGAGAAUUGGUUUCUUGGUGAGCCCGUUGCGGAUCUUGAGCUUCUAGAGCUUGAAGAUGCCAGCGCGGCGUCAUUGAUGAGAGACGCGAUCGCACUGUACGGAGAUAAAAGGGGGGUUGUCCGGAGAUUGGAUGCUGAGACUGGCAAUGUCAAGUGGGAGUUUAACGAUGAUAGUGGUGAUUUCCCCCUCCAAGUGUCCUCCUCCUCAACUGAGGUCUUCUACAUCUCUUUGCAGCCGGGUUUGCUCAAGGGCCACAAGAUCAAGGUUGCUUCUCUGAAUCCCAUUACGGGCCAGCAGACGCGGCAGCACAUCCUGAACUCGGAUACCGAUGUGACCGGGCCCGAGUCCAUCCACUUCGUCGGGGCCAACACUGCGGCGCCCGUGAUCGUUUGGACCGAUAAGGCACGGAAGACUCUGAAGAUAAAUCACAUUGGUCUGAAGCAAGUGGACACACUCAACAUCGACAACACCAGCGGCGAGGAGAUCCGGUCGAUUGAAGUCCAUACCCCCAAGAAACUGAAUUCUUUGCCGCAUUUCCUGGUGCAUUAUGAGACCGACUCCAGUUCCUGGGCGGAAGUGUACCACAUUGACUUGACUUCUGCGACCGCAGUCAAAGCAUAUGCCCUCCCCCGGCUGCACGAGAAGUCUGUCUUCGCGACGAGUAACAUCGAUGCGAAUGUUUACUUCACCCGCAUUACGCAGUCAGAGACCACAGUCGUUUCGUCUGCUUCUCACGGAGUGUUGGGCAGAUGGCCUCUGUUGCCCCCUACCACUGAACGCGCCAUCCACGCCGUGUCUGAAGUUGUCACCAAGGGUGACACCGUCGCUGUUCGAUCUGCGGCUGUCCUGGAGUCGGGUGACUGGCAGCUCAUCCGCAAUGGCCGGAUCGAAUGGACUCGAUAUGAAGCGUUGAUUGAUGCAGUUGCCGCUACCUGGGCUGAAGAAGAUUACCAGGAAGAUCUCGUACAUCAACUGGAAGUUGAGGGACAUGAGAGCUUGUACAAAGCAUAUGUUCAUCGCGUCAAGCGCCACACUCACGAUCUACAAUAUCUUCCAGGAUGGCUGAAGGGACUGCCUAAGCGUAUCAUCACUAGCAUUCUCACCGACGAAGUAUCUAGCCUCGACGGGUUCGGACUCACCAAGCUAGCUCUUGUUGCUACGGAGAAUGGACGGGUGUAUGGCAUUGAUACUGGAAACCAUGGUGAUGUCUCCUGGAGUGUUAAGGCAGCCGAGUCCGACAAGUGGAAUGUAAAGGCCAUCAUCCCUCAGGCUGGGUCCGCUACUGUGUACGCCGACGACGGGAGCUCCGUGACGUUGAACACCACCUCCGGAACUGUUAUCAGACGAACGCUACCUUCAGGCCAGAUCAGCUCCAUCGCUGUCAUCAACGAUGCCUCUGGCCCAAUCACGAUCGGUAUCAAGGAGAACGGUGCGCCCGUGGAACUAACGGAUAAGCCUGGAUUCUUUGUAACCCUCAGCGGUGAUGGUCGUGUGUUGGGAUGGAGUGCCAAGGACAACAAAACCCCCGUCUGGGAGUUUCUGCCUGCGCACGGCGAGAGAAUCAUCCGUGCCACAGCGCGUCCACCCCACGAUCCCGUAGCCUCGAUCGGCAAGGUUCUCGGUGAUCGGUCGGUUCUGUACAAGUACCUGGAUUCGAAUCUGGCUUUAAUCACGGCGGUUGGCGAGAACUCGGCCACAUUUUACCUGCUGGACGCCAUCUCAGGCAACAUCCUCUACAGCAGCACCCAGACUGGUGUCGACACCAGCCAGCCCAUCGCAUCUGCCAUCUCCGAGAACUGGUUCGCCUACUCCUUUUACAGCGAUCCAGUCAGCGGCUCGGACGCCAAGGGCUAUCAGCUUGUGAUCUCCGAACUCUACGAAUCGCCCAUCCCCAACGACCGCGGCGCAUUGGGCUCCGCCGCCAACUACUCCAGCAUCCGCGGCGCCGACACCCUCCCCUUGCCUCACGUGGUCUCGCAGUCCUUUAUCAUCCCCGAGCCCAUCUCGCACAUGGCCGUCACCCAGACCCGCCAAGGCAUCACCACGCGCCAGCUCCUCUGCACGCUCCCCGCCACAAACGCCAUCAUCGGCAUCCCACGUCCCGUCCUUGACCCCCGACGACCCGUCGACCGGGACCCCACCGCCACCGAGGCCGAAGAGGGUCUCUUCAAGUACAACCCGUACCUCGAGUUCGACGGCAAAUGGUACCUCACGCACAGCCGCGACGUCGCAGGCAUCAAGACCGUUCUGUCGGGCCCCACCCUGCUCGAGAGCACAAGCUUGAUCUUCGCGUUCGGCGGAGACGUCUUCGGCACCCGCGCCACGCCCAGCCAGGCCUUCGACGUGCUCGGCAAGGGAUUCUCCAAGCUGCAGCUUAUCAUGACCGUGGUCGCUUUGGGCGUGGGAGUCGCCAUCCUGGCACCGAUGGUACGGAGCAAACAGAUCAACAACCUGUGGAAGGCAACGUAG